AUGACGGAGGGUAACAUCGCCAGCUGGAAGGUCAAGGAGGGCGAGUCCUUCUCCGCCGGCGACGUCCUCCUCGAGAUCGAGACCGACAAGGCCACCAUGGACGUCGAGGCCCAGGACGACGGCGUCAUGUUCAAGAUCACCACCGGCGACGGCGCCAAAGCCGUCCAGGUCGGCACCCGCAUCGCCGUCAUCGCCGAGCCCGGCGACGACCUCUCCUCCCUCGAGGUCCCCGCCGAAGAGAACAAGAAGUCCGCCUCCGCCUCCAAGCCCGCCGAGUCCGAAGCCGCCCCCAAGAGCGCCACCUCCGAACGCCGCGAGGCCCCCCAGGCCCAGAAGAAGAACACCGGCGAGCCCCGCGAGCAGCGGUACCCCCUCUACCCCUCCGUCCAGCACCUCGUCAACGAGCACGGCCUCGACAAGGACACCGUCAGCCGCAUCGAGCCCACGGGCCCCGCCGGCCGCCUGCUUAAGGGCGACGUCCUCGCCUACCUGGGCUCCAUCAACGCCGAGACCCCGGGCAAGCUCAUGAGCCACGCCACCAAGCUGUCGCACCUCGACCUCAGCAACAUCAAGGUCGCGCCCAAGAAGGAGGAGCAGCCCAAGAAGGCGGCCGCCGCGCCUGCCCCCGCCGCCCCCGCGCCCCCCGCCGAGACGCAGAUCGCCCUCCCCGUCUCCCUGUACAAGGUCCUCGAGGCGCAGAAGCGCAUCCAGAAGUCGCUCGGCGUCUUCAUGCCCGUGUCCACCUUCGUCGCGCGCGCCGCCGAGGUCGCCAACGACGACCUCCCGCCCUCCGCCCGCAAGCCCACCGCGGACGAGCUCUUCAACCAGGUCCUCGGCCUGCACAAGCUCGCGCCCCGCGGCACGAGGGGAUACUACCUGCCCCAGAUCUCCGCGCUGCCCGAGGCGUCCUUCACCGCGCCCCGCGCUGUGGCCACGCCCAGACGCAGCAGCAGCGACAUUUACGACAUCCUCGCCGCGCCGAAGAAGGCUUCUCCCGCUCCUAAGAAGGCGGUCGCGGCGGCUGCUGCUACCGCUGCGGCGGAGAGCAUCUCGUCUGGAAGCAACCUGUUCAGCCUGACGGUUCCCAAGGGCGACGAGAAGCGCGCCAAGGUGUUUUUGGAGAGGGUCAAGAUCAUUCUUGAGGAGGAGCCUGCCAGGCUUGUCCUGUGA